AUGAGCCGCUCCUCGGUGAAGUCGUUUGAGGAUAUCACAGAUAAUAUCUGCUCUCAAAGCUUCCAGGUGGUGGAUAUGAGGCCCUACUCACGAUUCCAAGGAAAAGUUCCAGAGCCAAGAAAUGUUAAUAGGCGUGACCUCAGUGCAGUCGCAGUCAUGGCUCAGAGUCGAGCAGUAGUGUCGGGUCAAUGGCUGGCAAACGCCGUCACAAAGAAACUCGUGGGUCCCAAACUUCGUGUACUUGACACGUCCUGGUACCCUGCGAAAACGAAACGUGUCGCCAAAGAUGACUUUGCUCAGAAACACAUACCGGGCGCGUCGUUUUUCAGCAUGGACGAAUGCCGCGACAAGAGCUCUGCCUUCGACCACAUGCUGCCAACUUCCCGCGAGUUCUCCGAGUACGUCGGAAAUCUCGGUGUCGGGAACGACACGCAUGUCGUCGUGUACGACACCAGCGACUUCGGGUCGUUCAGCGCCCCCCGCGUGUGGUUUAUGUUCCGGCUGUUCGGACACGACCUGGUCUCGGUGCUGGACGGAGGUAUGAAGAACUGGGUGGCCGACGGUCACCCGCUCACAUCGGAGCACCGUCAACCGGAGCGCAGAGAAUUCCGAGCGUCCCUGAACGCAGCAUGGGUGAAGAGUUAUGAAGAAGUUCUGCAGAACGUGAAGAGCAGGCAGGUCCAGGUGGUGGACGCCAGGUCUGCAGGGAGGUUCAGGGGGACGGAGCCGGAGCCCAAGGAUGAUAUACUGCCUGGACAUUUCCCUGGAACAAUCAACAUGCCGUACACAUCUUUCCUGGACGCAUCAGGAAAGCAUCACGGACCUGAGAAGCUGGCGGAGCUUUUCAGGGAGGCGGGGGUGGACCUGGAUCGGCCACUGUGGUCCACCUGCACCUUUGGUAUCACGGCGUGUCACGUAACGCUGGCUGCUCACAGGCUCGGGCACCCCGGGGUCUGUCUUUACGAUGGCUCCUGGAGUGAAUGGUUCAAAAGGGCGUCUCCAGAGAACAUCAUAUCAGAGGGCGAGGGGAAGAAGUGAGUGGGAAGAAUAAUUGAUAAACAACGUGUUAUUUUUUUUCAAAGAGGGUCUUUACCAUCUUUGCUGUCAAAAAAUGACAAUACUGGCCUUAUAAUUUCAAGGGAACAGGUAGACAGCCACUGCAUUCAGUACUAUACUGACCUGGGGAGAGUCUCAAAUUACAGAAACCCACCAUCAGCCUUUUAAAGGAGUAAUAAACAGCUCAUCAGCUUCAUCACUACAUGUACAAAUAAAUGUUUGUUUCAUCUGUUGUA